AUGGGUUCGAUGACGAGAAGGCCACUCGCUCUCCUCGAGCUUCCACGAGAACUCCUCAUAAAGAUCUUCAACCACGCCCUCGAGCCUUCCAUGAUUCACACCUGUAGGACGCUGUACAGGCUUCUACCCGACUUCAUCGUGUUCGAGCAAACACUUCUGUUAUGCGCAUAUGAAUCCGAUGACAUGCUCAACGUUGACGAGAACUACAAAGCAGCAAAACUGCCAGGCCAGUCAGAAACCAUAGCCGUGUCAGACCGUGAGGAGCUUCAGAUGGUUCUCGCGAAGAGCCAUUGGCUGCGGGUUCAGCAUCUAAAGUGGACGUACGUGACGCUGUCUCAACGACUCUGGCAGACCGUCUUGAUCGACAAUCCCGACAUUCAACUCAAACCGGAACACAUCAAGGCGAUACAUUUCGUGUCUGAGCGACUUCCCGAAGACAGCAUCAGCGUUUUCGAGAAUUUCACCGACGCCACAUGCACCGCCUACAAAGGCACUAGCUACGAAGGAGUCAUCGACAUGCAUAUCAAAAUGUACGACUGCUUCAUUUUCACAACAAGUAAUCCUAAUGGAGGUUAUGAAAGAGGAACCUACAGUGCUUUCGCCAGAGUCAGAUAUAUCCCGGACUGUCUGAUGGUUUACGAGCCAGUCGUCAAAGCCUAUUCGCUCACAUCAUGCCUUCGCGAGCAGUUCAUUCGGCAGGCCGCAAUAGAAGCCAAUCCUAACACGGCGGACUCUAUCAUUCUUACGCUCGGGCGGCGGAACUUAGCGCGUAGUAUCAGCUGCGACGAAAAGCUCUUGGCAGCACAGAUCUGGGGUACCCUAUCGCCAUCGGCUCCGGACACCAACGACCGGACUCUGUGGCCUUGGCUUGCGCUGAAUUACUCCUGCGGGUCACCCGUCAAAUACACGUACGAGAUGUUCAGAGCUUGUCUCCGCUUCGGCAUGAUCAAAUGCCUGGAUGGCCUGGUCGAAUUUGCCUGUCACCGGAUAGAGGGAGAUGGCCUUGACGCCUUAACCGAGCGGUGUCCAGUCGAAGCCUCCGUCGUACUUGCGCUGGAGCGGCUGCUAGAGGAGGCCGAAGCGAUGAGGCUGGACCCCAGGGCGGAGAUUGUGAAGGCUAUUGGAGGACACUCGUGGCAUUUGCGCUACAUUUGUUUCCGAAACGAGAGGGUGUACUGGACUUCACGCUUUCAGGGUGAGCCGCGUGGCAGCAAAAAGACAUCCAUGCCAGACCGUGCUAGUGACACAGCAAACUAG